AUGUUUUCUUCUGCUCUCAAAACGCUGAGUUCCAACAUAUCAGCGAAUUACCAAAUAUCUCCUCAUCCAACCGUGGUUUCUGGGCCAUGGAGAAUUCAUGAUGGAAAGAAGAAAUCAACAGGUACCACUGCUUCCGUGUUCAUAUUUGACAGAAAAGUGCUUGAUUACAGAUCAAGUGGACUUGGAAGCCGGUCCGGCUCGUCAUUGAAGAAAUUGCAGGAGGAUGUGGUCGAGAGGUUAAAGCGUGAGGCCAGCAACCUUGCGCGUCUCAGACAUCCAUCAAUCCUCCAGGUAUUAGAACCUGUGGAAGAGACGCGUGGUGGUGGUCUCAUGUUUGUGACGGAACCAAUUACCACGUCCCUGGCCGGUUUGUUACGGGAAAAAGAUGAGCAAGAGAGAACGUCGAGGAUAGGGCCAAGACCCAGCCAUUAUAUGGUGGAAGAGGCGGACGGGACUCGACGGCGGAGAGAUCUCGAGAUUGAUGAACUAGAAAUACAAAAGGGUCUUUUACAGGUAGCUAAGGGUCUGGAGUUUCUGCAUGAGUCUGCAGGCCUUGUCCACGGAAACUUGAACCCUGAAGCCAUUUACAUAAACGCCAAGUCCGACUGGAAAAUCUCCGGGCUCGGAUUUGCAGGGCCUCCAAGCUCUACAGAGUCUCGAUCAUCUCUUCCGCCCUUGGCUUUGUCAGAAGUUCUCUACCAAGAUCCGCGGCUUCCCCAGUCAGUGCAGUUGAAUCUUGACUAUACGUCCCCGGACUUCGCGCUGGACUCUAAUGUGACUACUGCUGCCGACAUGUUCUCACUGGGACUCGUUAUCAUCUCCCUCUACAAUUCGCCUCAUAUCUCUCCGCUGCAAUCGCAUUCGAAUUUGAGCUCGUAUAAGAAGCUGCUAAACUCCCCAUCUUCCACUCCAUCGCAGGACAACAAUUUCCUCUGCGCGGGUGCCAUUCCGAAAGAUCUCUUGUCGCAUCUAUUGCCUAAGUUGAUAACAAGACGACCAGCUCAGCGCUUGAAUGCCCGGGAGUUCCAGCAAUCUCAAUAUUUUGACAAUAUCUUGGUAUCUACCAUCCGCUUUUUGGAAUCCCUGCCAGCCAAAAAUGCAAAUGAAAAAUCACAAUUCAUGCGAGGAUUACAACGCGUGCUACCCGAGUUCCCUCCAACCGUGCUAGAAAGGAAGGUUCUUGGCGCUUUACUAGAAGAAUUGAAGGAUCGUGAGCUGUUGCCCCUGAUCCUGCAGAAUGUUUUUGCGAUACUGCAGCGGGUUGCAAACGCACGUCGAACUCUCCCGGAGAAAGUUAUUCCUCGGCUUAAGGAAAUAUUCUUCGCGCAUCAAUCAGGGAAAGGGACUGUUCAGGAGCGUGACUCCAAGAAGGAUGCGGGUUUAAUGGUGGUGCUAGAGAACAUGAAUACUGUGGCAGAGAAUUGCCCAGGGAAGGAAUUCAAGGACGACAUUCUACCGCUGAUUCGGCUUGGUUUGGACUCGCCAACCCAUUCCCUGGUCGACGCUGCAAUCAAAUGCUUGCCAGUUAUCCUUCCGGUUUUGGAUUUCAGCACUGUUAAGAAUGAAGUCUUUCCUCCAAUCGCCUCUACGUUCAGCCGGACCAGCAGCCUUGCCAUCAAAGUGCGCUGCCUGGAAGCCUUCACUGUCCUUUGUGGGGGUACCACUGGCAACGACGCGGUCUCUGAGGACGGUCUGACUGGCAUUGCUGCAGUAAAAAAGCCGACAAUCGUCAAGUCUUCCAUCCUAGACAAAUAUACCAUACAGGAGAAGCUUGUCCCGUCGUUGAAAGCGAUCAAGACAAAAGAGCCAGCCGUAAUGAUGGCCGCCUUGAAGGUCUUUGGACAAAUUGGGACUAUUGCCGACACUGAAUUCCUUGCCCUGGAGGUUCUGCCUAUCCUGUGGACUUUCAGCCUUGGGCCGUUGCUGAGCCUUCGUCAGUUCGAAGAAUAUAUGACCGUAAUCAAAGGCCUUUCCUCUAAGAUUGAAUGUGAACAGACGAAGAAAUUGCGGGAGCUUUCUUCGGAAACGGAGGCUACUGGCUUUCAGAGCGGACUUGGAAGCUCUCUCACUAUGUCAGACAAUCUCAUGCAGUCUGAUGUGGAUACCACAAGGAACACCUUUGAACGUCUCGUCCUCGGACGAGAGAGUGCUGCGCCCAGCAGUCAGGGCCUUGACCCUUGGCAGGAGUUGGUUUCGCAAGCGCCAGCCCCACAGAUCUCUACUCAGAAAAAGGCUGCCGGUGCUUUUUCCUGGUCUUCGGUCAGCAGAGGAGAUCCUCAGUCCAAUCUAAAUGCUCGAUCUGUCACGCCUGAUUACAAUAUGAGCUCUUUCCCGUCAUUAGAACCUGUUGCGAGACACAGAUCUCCAAUGGCCCAGACGGUCCCCGCAGUACAACCUUCGUCAUCGACCGCUUGGAGUCUAUCAGCCUCCUCGAAUAUCCAGGACAACAUGCAGGGUAAUGGCAUUGGCAACAUGACUGGUUUGUCCAUGGGUGCAUUGACAGGUAUGAAAUCGCCGAACAAUCCUGUUUCGAGCCGCACGUCGCAGCAGUCCCCCAAUUAUUCUGCCUUCACAAUUCCACCUCCUCCAUCGGCACCAAAUAUGGCGGCGUCGUUUGCCAGCCCUAGUGGUUCGACUCCCCUUGGCAGAGCUUCGCUUGUAGGGAAUCCCUCGGCAUCUGCCAACUCCUUAAACCCCAAGUCAACCUCGAUGCAGACUACACAGAAGCAAGGUCUGGACAAGUAUGAAAGCUUAUUAUGA